GCCGCCGGGAGCGGGGGUGGGGCCUGUUUGAACCGUUGGCCGCUCGGCCUGGCCGGCUCGGCUCGGCGCUGCGCGGGGCGGCCUCUCCCCGCUGAGGGGGGCCGGGACCCGCCGGCCCGGCCCCCCCUCCCCGUCCCGGGAGCUGCGGAGAGCCAGGUUACUUUGUGUUCUUUCAAAAUGGAUGGUGAAGAGGAAAUAUGGGAAAAACUAGACGCAGAAUUUGAUCACUGUGUUGUGGAUAUGAAGCCUCAUGUUCUGAAGCUACAGCAUAGGUCAGAACGACAAAGAUGUGCACUGUGGAUUAAAAAAUUAUGCGAACCCUCAGGAGCAGGCACAGGAGUAGCGGGAAGGAAGAAUCGGAACCUAUAUGCAAAACUUUUGCUCCACAUGCUAAAGCGGGGUGUACUGGAAGGUCCUUUUACACAUAAACCAGAACCAGGAAUUCUGAAAACUUUACCUUCAUACAUGUCAAUUUAUUUUGAUGAACCAAAUUCAACAAGAGUUCGGAGUAGUAGCCCAGACUGCUUACCUGACUGGGUAAUGGGAGAACUAGGAAACAGUGACUCCAAGCAUGAGGAAUCGUGGAAGGUGUCUUCUAAAGGGGAAUCAUCUUUAGCAACGCCACUUACAUAUGGACCUCAGAUAUUAUGGUGGCAAAGCACAGUGGUCACAAGGGAAAGAUUCAAGUACAAUGAGAAACCAUCAUUGAGAUCGCAUUCAAUGAGUCCUCCUCACCGGACAGAUGAAGAUAACUUAGCCACACCACUGUCUGACCAUCGUCAUAAAAAACCCAUUUCUUUGGAUGACAGUGACCUCGAAGCACGUCUCAAUAGUUGGAAUCUUGGGUUAGAAAAUCCAAGAUAUUUGCGGGAAAAACCAAUGCCACUGUCGUUGAUGACACCCAAAAUUGGCCUAGGAAGAAGUAGCACGUUUUGUGAUGAACAGGCACUAUUUCGAAUGCAUGAAAAAGAGCUGGACAUGAAAAUGAAAAUAGCAGAAGGUAAAUUUCAUGAAGAGAAACUUAAAUUACAGCAGAAGCACGAUACUGAUGUUCAAAAGAUUUUGGAUAGAAAGAAUGAUGAAAUAGAGGUAUUAAAGUCCCUCUACAAAAACAAACAAAAUGAAGCUGAGGAGACUAUUAGAAAACUGGAGAAAAAAGUUCAGACCCUUGUUCGUGAGUCACAAGUUGUCAGAGAAGCAAAAGAGAAGCAGAUUGUGGAGUUAAAGAAGAUGUGUGAGCAAAGCAGUGAUUCUUUGAACAAUGAGUGGGAGAAAAGGCUUCACAAUGCUGUGGCUGAGAUGGAGAAGGAGAAGUUUAAUAUCCGGAAGAAGCACACAGAAGAUAUGCAGGAACUGCUUGAGGACACCAAUGCUCGUCUUAGCAAAAUGGAGGAAGAUUAUUUGGAACAGAUAAAGUCAACUAACCAGACAGUCAAAAAACUGGAGGCUCGCGUCCAGCAGUUGACUGUUGAAGCUGAAAAUAGUAAUUUACAGCGUCAAAAAUUAUCUCAAGAAAAGACUGUUGCAGAACAACGUUACCAGGCGGUAUUCUCUGAACUUCAGGAAAUGAAAGCAAGGCACGGCUCACUUCAGAAAGACAAGGACCAUAUUAUACAGGAAUUUGAGGAGAACAUUCAGCAACUACAAAGUAAAUAUGAUGUCGAUAUAAAUUUUAUAAAGCAGGAACAUGCACUCUCUGCAGCUAAGGCAUCUGAUGCAAUUGAAGAACUACAGCAUAGUGUGUCUCUGUUAAAACAACAAUUACAAGAUUCAGAACGUCAAAGACAGCAACAGCUGAGGGAUCAAGAAUACAAGCUUCAACAAGAAAAACUUCACUUGGAGCGUGUAUAUGAAAAACAGAUACAUGGCAUCCGGAAUGAUCUUGAUAAAGAAAGAGGGGAUGCUCAAAAGAAAAUUCGCAAACUGGAAGAGUCUUUGAAGGAGAAGGAGGAGCAGCUGACUCGGGUGACAGAGGUACAGAGGCUGCAGGCCCAGCAGGCAGAUGCUGCCCUGGAGGAGUUUAAGCGGCAGGUGGAGCUGAACUCAGAAAAAGUCUAUGCUGAAAUGAAACAGCAGAUGGAAAAGGUUGAAGCAGAUCUAAGCAGAUCAAAAUCGCUCCGGGAAAAGCAAUCCAAAGAAUUCUCCUGGCAAUUGGAAGAGCUCAAGCAAAGAUACGAGCAACAGAUAGUGGAGCUGAAGCUGGAGCAUGAACAGGAGAAGACGCACCUAUUCCAGCAGCACAACGCAGAGAAGGACUGCCUGGUCCGAGACCAUGAACGGGAAAUCGAGAAACUGGAAAAACAGCUUCGCGCUGCCAUGGCAGAGCACGAGAGUAAAACUCAAGAAUGCAGGAAACGAGACGGACAGGUUAUCUGUGAUAUGGAGAACCAAAUCCACAAGCUAAGGGAAGAACUUAUUCAGGUAAACGCUCAACGGAAGCAACAGCUGCUGGAGCUGAGCCAUCAGUGGGAAGAGGAGAAGGAGAGGGCAGCUCGCGACCACGAGACAGCGGUCAAUAAGCUGAAAGUGGAGGCAGAAAAAAUGACAUUAGACCUGAAAAAGAUACAUGUGGCAGAAACAGAGAAGGCCUUGGACAAGGCAAACAGCCGGCUGAGGCAGACUGAGAAAGAGUACAGUCAGAAGCUGGCUAAAUCCUCGCAGAUCAUAGCUGAACUUAAGACAACCAUUUCCUCUCUGACAGAGGAGAACAGCCGGCAGCAGCUUGCCGCAGAGCAGCAGCUCCAGGAAGUUGUACAAAAGUUUGAAGAUAAGAAGCAGCAGCUGAUUACAGAUAAUGACAGAGCAAUCAAGGUCUCCGCUCCAUCCUGAAUCAUAUGGAAAUGUGCAUUUGCAAGUCAAGUUUGGCAUUGCUGUGGACUCAUUUGCUAGCACCUGUCUCUAAUGAUCCAGCCUUCGUGGCGUAUGUGAGAAGGCUGAUGUCCCUUCUCUCUCUUUAACUUGCUGUUUGCGAAACCUGCCUCUGCAGAGGACAAGCUUAUUUGUGCUUCCUUAUCAGAUCCUGAAACAAAAUCAAGAUUUAUGCAACUUUAACAAUACUGGAAUUCUUAGUUCUUUGACACUGCACUAUAUAUUGUUUUUCCUGCAGUUUAUGUCUCAUUUGUGAUAAGGAAAAGUUUUUGAGUGUGCAUAAAGUAGCUGGAAAGCUCUGCUCUUUGUGCUGCACAGGUCUAAUGAGAGACGUUAGUGUGUAGCUGCACAAAUGAGAAACCGGUGGUGCUUUAGAACUUGAUCUGUUUUCUGUUAUUUUUAAUGCUUUUGCAUUUUAAAAAUGUCAUCCAUAUAAGAAUAUUUGGAACUACUUACAUAUAAAAAAAGUAAGAGAAAAUGAAAAGAGCCUGCCUUGCUUUUAGAUGUGCCAAACAGGUUUGGCAGUCAUUUGCUUAGCAUUGAUCAAGCGCUGCUCAGCCGGUCAAACCCUCGUAGCAUUUUCUACCUGUGCAGAAACAUUCGCACCAAGCCUUUCUGAAGUCAGAAGAUGCCGGCUGGGUUAUUUUUCUUGUUCAGACCAUUUUGGAUGAUUUGACACUUGUCAUUCAAAAGCUUGAAAAUCCUGUAGAAAAUAAACCGCAAAGAUUGUUUUGGCUCAAGGAAAACAGAAGUGGCUGUGCUGGGUCAGACUGGAGUCCUGCUGGCUCCAUUUUCUGGGACGUGGUGUCUGGUAACAGAUGCCCAGGAAAGAGUAUAAGAACAGGCUGAAGGUUUAGGGACACUUCUUCCAUAUACUGUCAUCACUCACGAUGGUCUGAGGCAAAACAUCACCCACUGUAUGGUUUCUGGGAUUGGUGUACCUGUUGGGAGUAUUUUAACUGGCUUGACAUCACCCUGUGGGAGCUUCUUAGAAGAAAAAGCAGAGGGAUAUCUUGGGGAUGCUGGUGAGGUUCACAAGUAACUCAACAAAAACUUCUGCGGUGUGGCACUGAGGUCCUCUCCUGUCUGCAUUUUCACGUAAGGCUUUUCUGCCAUAGCAGAAAGAUGCACUAACUGAAUUAGCACCGUCUUUCAGCCACCAUUCAGUCAAAAAAGACCAAAAAAAUAUCAAAACUCCAUUGAAAUCAGAUCUGCUUUGUCACAACUGUGAUAAGAGCUCUCGACAUUCCACAGAACUGUAUCUGAGAGACAGCAAUAGCGUUGGCAAUCGUUUUUCUCCUUCUCAUCCUCUUCCUAGUUUACCUGUAUGUAAAUUACACCUAAUUUAUUACCUGUAUUGGUGAAAUUAUCAGCGUCAAAAGAUCAAAUGUAGGACAUCUGUUUUAAGUGCAGCCAAGCAGUUUCCUGUUGCAGUGAUGCUCCUGUCAGGGGUCUCUACUGGGCAGUUCUCAGCCUGAUCUUACCAGGGCUGGCUUGGAGGGGCACAGACCUGCUGGAAGUUUGCAGACCAAGAUCAUCCAACAUGCAUCGGUACUCAGCUAUGCAACCAGUGUGGCUUUUAAGGGAAGCACGGCCAAUAAAUUUAAGCUAAACAAAUGCUUAAUUUUUUUAUUGAUGAUUCCAGUUUAGCAAAAAAGAUUACUUUAGAGCUAAAGAAAUAGGGUGGUGGGUACUAGAAAUAAGUUAUGCAGGAAUUAGAGUAAAAUGUUUUGAACAGUAAGCUAGCAGAAAUAUUUCAAUAGGAGCCUGAUACUGUUCUUUGCUACGUGUGUACAUGUCUAUUUAAAAUAUUCUAUACUAGUAUUCUAGAGCUCUAAAAUGGAAAGAAAAACUUCUGAAGAGGCUGAAAUAUAUCCUACCCAUGUCUAAUUUUGAAAAAAAUAUGAACUUAAAGGAUUUUAGAAAUGUUUAGAAACAUUGGCAUUAUGACAGCAACUAUCUCUGUCAUAACGUCAUAUGAUUAACUAGAUCAGAAACAUUCUGGGACGUUCUGAUCAGUUAUGUUAAUGUGUCUUUUAAAAAGUAUAAAGGCAAUGCUCUAUAAAAUAGAUACUUGAAAAACAGUUUUCAUUUUCCUCAGGCUAGUGAGAUUAGAGUUUCGUAAUCUGUUUGACCAGCUGCAGAGGACGUUCUUUUUCAUUUUUUCUUUUUAAGUAAAUGAGCUUCAUCUCAACAUGAUUAAAAAAAAAGAAGGAAUCAAGCUUCAAAAAUGCUCCGUGUUCACACAUACUCUUAAAUGGGAGCAAAUGCAUUAUCAUGUCUUGUUGCAAAUGUAAUUGGGUUGGAGGUCAUGAAAGACUUUGAAUAAAAGAAUUUCCAAGUUUCCAAGUGUGCGUCCACCCCAUCAAGAAUCAUCCCUUUUUUGGCUUACAGACAUAAUUUCAGAAGAUACUACUUUACUGUCUCACAUCCUGCAUGUACUGAGUGUGCAGGCACUGUUGAGUCAAGCUCACGCUUGUUCAGUUCAAAAAGCAGCGGUUUGCCUUGCGAGUUAGUGUUGUUGAUUAAGGUUACUUUGAAAGGUAUAAAGGCAUUAUUAGAUUUCUUUUUUUGUGUGUGUGUAUAAGAGAAUGUGUGUUAUUUUAUCUAAUGGGGAGAAUUCCAGCAAUAUUGGGCAGUCUGCUAGUUCGUUGCACAAAAUUAAUAGCUUUUCUUUUGUUCUUACUGGGAAUCAGAUUAGCCCAUUGACUAGAAAUAUCUAUCUGACCCUUUCAUAUUUACUUUUUAAAAGAGCAUAGCAACAUGAGAUGUUUUGUAAAGCCUGUUAGAAAUGUUUAUAUUUCCAGGUCUUCAUGCAUCUGUGACAAGGAAUGCAUUUUAAGGAGACAUUUGUAGAGCACCAGGGGUCUACUGGAACCGCUGGUCUGUCUCCAGGUGUAAAGUUUCUGAACACCCACUUAAAGUGGCAGUUUGGUGAUAAACUUAGUUGGGAACGAAGCCCCCAGCGGUGAGAAGAUUGCCUUGUUCAGCAAGCGAUUGAUAAAUAUGCUUUAUCAUGAAUCAGAUGUUCUCUAAAUCAUCGCAGGAAGUUCUGCUCGAACCCCUGAUGUUUGUUUUUGUAGAGCUGUUGGUAAGAAUACAGCAAGCAGCAAAACCAGAUGUUUUACUAGUUAAUUUAUAUUCACAAUAGCAGUUUUUCACUAGCACGGCAUAUCCAUUGAUGCAACGUUUUAGACGUUCUUACGACCUAGCAUCAAAAAUUCAAGAAGUUGUCUGAAAACGCUGAAGCCAAGAUCAGGUCUUCACAGGAAACCUGCUCUGAGAACAGCAGAGUCCUUGCUGUUCCCUUUGAUUGCAGAGUGUUUAAUAAAAAACAAAUUAGGAAAUGAAAAUUGUCUCGUGGAUCAAUCAGGCACAGCAGUUACGCCUGUUC